AUGGUCAUCCUAGGCGGUCUCGAACUCGUCGCAGCAGGUUACCUGCUGAAAGAACUGCACAAUGACAGCAAAGAGGAGGAAGAGAGGGAGCGUGAGCGGCGAAGGAGACGGAGACAUCAUUCUCGCGACGACCAUCAUCGACCCCAUCGCCACGAUGACUCGCCUCCAAGCCGCCCGAGCCGGCCGCCGCAGCAACAACUCCUUCCCCCCCAACAGGGUCCCGCGCGACCGUAUAGUGCACCCCCACCGCAGAACAGACCGCAAAUGUUACCGGUAGCCAUGGCAGCUACUGCUGCGUCAAUGUGGCCUCGUCCUCAACAAGGUCCGCAGCCGCCCCAACCACGGCCGCCGCAGAGCUAUCCAACGUGGCCACAAGGUCCGCCUCACCAGCAACCGAUGAUGCAGCAGCGACCGCCUCAGCCGCAGCCACAAUGGCAAAACAGCCCUCCUCCAAAUGGCCAAUCUAACUUCGUCCCACCGCCUUUGCAACGACCACAGACGAACUCCUUUUAUCCCCCACCAGGCGUUCACAUCGAUAUGAAAACAGGCAAAAUCCAACACGACAUGCUCCCUCCAGAAAUGCCCCGUGAUGCAAAGAAAGGCGGUGAAGCGAGAGAAUACUACGAAGGCGGCCGACAAGGAUCGUACGAGCGGCAACGCGAGAAUUCAACGACUUCGCAGCAACAACAGCCGAGGCCGCAGUACCCUCAGCCUUAUGGCGGAGAGCAGGGUCCGCACAGGUACUCCCAGCCGCAGAUCAACGUCGCGCCUUCGAGUCAUCCAACGCCGACGAUUCCGCAAGGGUAUGCGGAGUUGGAUUCUGAGACGCCGGGGCGGUACAGGCCGUACGGGGAUGACAAGGCCGGAAGGGGGAAAUCUAACUCCUUUUCCAGGCGGUAUGGCGACGAGGAUAUGGAUCUGAGGUCGCCGCCGCCAGCGUAUCGGGAGUGA